ACCAUGCCGCGCGCGCCCAGGUGCAGAGCGGUGCGCGCCCUGCUGCGUGGCCGCUACCGCGAGGUGCUGCCCUUGGCUACCUUCAUGCGGCGCCUGGGGCCGCAAGGCCGGCGGCUCGUGCGGCGCGGGGACCCGGCGGCCUUCCGCGCGCUGGUGGCCCAGUGCCUGGUGUGCGUGCCCUGGGACGCGCGGCCGGCCCCCGUCGGCCCGUCCUUCCGCCAGGUGUCCUGCCUCAAGGAGCUGGUGGCCAGGGUGGUGCAGAGGCUCUGCGAACGCGGCGCCAGGAACGUGCUGGCGUUCGGCUUCGCCCUGCUGGACGGGGCCCGCGGCGGGCCGCCAGUGGCCUUCACGACCAGCGUGCGCAGCUACCUGCCCAACACGGUAACCGAGACCCUGCGCGGCAGCGGCGCCUGGGGGCUGCUGCUGCGCCGUGUGGGCGACGAUGUGCUCGCCCACCUGCUGACGCGCUGCGCGCUCUACCUUCUGGUGGCCCCGAGUUGCGCCUAUCAGGUGUGCGGGCCGCCGCUCUACGACCUCUGUGCACCUGCCGCCACCCGGCCCCUCGCCACCUCCGGCCACCGGCCUGGGACCCGGAUGGACCUCAGACCCACGCGCCAGGCCCGAAACGCGGGCGCGAGGCGGCGGCGGGGCGGCGGCGGGAGCAGCCCGCCUCUAGCCAAGAGGCCCAGGCACGACGUGACCCCAGAGCCCGAGUGGGGGGCAGACAGGCCGUCUUCCCGGGCCCCCCCGGGCAGGGCCCACGGGCUGAGUGGCGGCGAACCUGGCGCAGUGACAUCUGCCAGGGCCGCCGCGGAGGCCAACUCCGGGGAGGGAGGGCCCCCUGGGACUCGGCUCACCUCCGUAGGCGCGCAGCUGUCUCGGCCCCAGGGCGUGCCCCUAUCACACCUAUCACACCCUGAGACCAAGCACUUCCUCUACUGCCCGGGAGGCAAGGAGCGGCUGCGCCCCUCCUUCCUGCUCAGUGCCCUGCAGCCUAGCCUGACAGGGGCCCGGACACUCCUGGAGGCCAUCUUUCUGGGCUCUAAGUCUCCGCGGCCAGGGGCUGCCCGCAGGCCUCGCCGCCUGCCCGCUCGCUACUGGCGGAUGCGGCCCCUGUUCCGAGAGCUGCUUGCCAACCACGCCCGGUGCCCCUACGACGCGCUCCUCAGGGCGCACUGCCCGCUUCGGGCCCCGGCCCCUGCGGAGGGGUCUAGCCACGGGGGGGGCGGGGGGGCGGGCGGCUGCGCCCUGGGGCGGCCCCCGGGAGCCCCCGGAGGCCUGCUCCAGCUUCUCCGGCAGCACAGCAGCCCCUGGCAGGUGUACGCUUUCCUGCGGGCCUGCCUGUGCAGGCUCGUGCCCGCUGGACUCUGGGGCUCCGGGCACAACCGGCGCCGCUUCUUGAGGAACGUGAAGAAGUUCGUCAACCUGGGGAAGCACGCUAAGCUCUCGCUGCAGGAGCUGACCUGGAAGAUGCGGGUGCAGGACUGUGCCUGGCUGCGCGGGAGCCCAGGGGCCCGCUGUGUCCCAGCCGCCGAACACCGCCGCAGAGAGGAGGUCCUGGCCAAGCUCCUGUGCUGGUUGAUGGGCACGUACGUGGUUGAGCUGCUCAAGUCCUUUUUUUACGUCACGGAAACCACAUUUCAGAAGAACCGGCUCUUCUUCUACCGGAAGAGGAUCUGGAGCCAGCUGCAGAGCAUAGGAAUCAGACAACACUUCAAUAGUGUGCAUCUUCGAGAACUGUCAGAAGCAGAGGUCAGGAGACACCAGGAAGCCAGACCCACUCUGCUGACAUCCAAACUCCGCUUCCUCCCCAAGCCCAGUGGGCUUCGGCCAAUCGUGAACAUGGACUACGUUGUGGGAGCCAGAACGUUCCGCAGAGACAAGAAGGUCCGGCACCUCACCUCGCAAGUGAAGAACCUGUUCAGUGUGCUGAACUACGAGCGGGCCCGGCGGCCCAGCCUCCUAGGGGCCUCUGUGCUGGGCAUGGACGACAUCCACAGGGUCUGGCGUAGCUUUGUGCUGCGCGUGCGGGCUCAGGACCCAGCGCCCCAGCUGUACUUUGUCAAGGUGGACGUGACGGGGGCCUACGAUGCCCUCCCUCAGGACAAGCUGGUGGAGGUGAUCGCCAACGUGAUCAGGCCUCAAGAAAACACGUACUGCGUGCGCCAGUAUGCAGUGGUCCAGAGAACCGCCCAGGGGCGCGUCCGCAAGUCCUUCAAAAGACACGUGUCCACCUUCGUGGACCUCCAGCCUUACAUGCGACAGUUCGUGGAGCAUCUACAGGAGACAAGCUCCCUGAGGGAUGCCGUGGUCAUCGAGCAGAGCUCCUCUCUGAACGAGACUGGCCACACCCUUUUCCACCUCUUCCUGCGCCUGGUGCACAACCACGUCAUCAGGGUCGGGGGCAAGUCCUACGUGCAGUGUCAGGGGAUCCCCCAGGGCUCCAUCCUGUCCACUCUGCUCUGCAGCCUGUGCUACGGGGACAUGGAGAGCAGGCUGUUUUCUGGGAUCCAGCAGGACGGGGUGCUCCUGCGUCUGGUGGACGACUUCCUGCUGGUCACGCCUCACCUGGCGCAAGCCCAAGCCUUUCUCAGGACCCUGGUCAGCGGUGUUCCUGAGUAUGGCUGCACAGCCAACUUGCAGAAGACGGCAGUGAACUUCCCCGUGGACACCGGCGCCCCGGGCAGUGCGGCCCCCCUCCAGCUGCCCGCCCACUGCCUGUUCCCCUGGUGCGGUUUGCUGCUGGACACGCGGACCCUGGAGGUGUUCUGCGACUACUCCAGUUACGCCCAGACCUCCAUUCGCUCGAGCCUGACCUUCAGCCAGGGCACCAGGCCCGGGAGGAACAUGCGUCGCAAGCUGCUUGCGGUCAUGCGGCUGAAGUGCUGCGCUGUGUUUCUGGAUCUGCAGGUAAACAGCAUCCACACGGUUUAUACAAACAUUUACAAGAUUUUCUUGCUGCAGGCCUACAGGUUCCACGCGUGCGUGCUCCAGUUUCCGUUCAACCAGCCGGUGAGGAAGAACCCCUCCUUUUUCCUCCGUGUCAUCGCGGACACCGCGUCGCGCUGCUACUCCCUCCUGAAAGCCAAGAACACAGGGCUGUCCCUAGGGGCCAAGGGCGCCUCCGGCCCGUUUCCUUCCGAGGCCGCCCGGUGGCUCUGCCUGCACGCCUUCCUGCUCAAGCUGGCUCGUCACAGCGGCACCUACAGGUGUCUUCUGGGACCGCUCCGGGCGGCCAAAGCACAGCUGUGUCGGCAGCUCCCGAGGGUGACCCUGGAUGCCCUGGAGGCAGCAGCCUCCCCGGGCCUGCCCGCAGACUUCAGGACCAUCUUGGACUGAUGGCCCGUCCUCCUGGAAGGCCGGGGCGGGCUCCACGUGGCUCCACGUCACGGGUGGGGGGGGCCAGCUGACCACGCACCGCUGGCCAGGCCGGUGCCCGUGUCCUUGUGGAAGAGAGCCCACCCACCACCAGCUAGCGACUGGGGUCCUGUCCCUCAGCUGCUGACCAAAGGAGGGGGCAGGUGGCAGAACCUGGCUGGGGCGUCAGGCCGUCUGAAUAGAGCACGUCCCGACCUUUGUCACGCCCCCAUCCCACCCCCUGCUGUGGGGCAGCCCCAGUCUGGAG